AUGUCUACGGCUACCACCCCCGCCAAAGGGUCGGAUCCGAAGCCGAAGGAGGCUGCAUCCCGCACAUGUCCCGCGUCAUGCGGGUCUGCCAUCUCAGGCAGGGACCCUCACCCUAUGUGCAUAACCUGCAUGGGCGCUAAACACGCUCAGGCAGCGCUCGCUGACCGCGAGUCCUGCGGGUAUUACGCAUCUAUGCCUGGGAAAAUAUUGGAGAGGAGGCUCAGAGUUGCGGUGGCCCAUCCCCAGGACCCGUUGCUGGCGGGGACCACCGAUAAACCCACAGCCGUCACUCAACAGCCCCGUAAGACUGAACUAUGGUCAGAUAUGCUGAAUGACAAUGACGCUGAUAUGCCGCCAUUAUUCGAGGACCUGCUCGAAGUGGACCCAGGCGACGAGGGCGCAGACGGCGAUGAUGCCGCUUCUGACUUCCUCGAGGCUGUGGAUAUGGAUGAUGUGGAGGAGGACUCUACAUUCCCAGCGGCCCAGUCCCGACCCUCCAGCGCAUCUGAGGCUGCGACUCCCGUCGAUAGCAGCCUAUAUGAUGUGUGCAAGCGCGCUGCCGCCAAGCUUAACAUAACCUGGCCAGCCGCUGUAGAUGCGGAGGAUGGGGAAAGGGAUUUAUAUGACGGUAAACGGCUCCCGCCAGCGCAUCCACCUCCGAAGCAACUUCUCCCUGCUGUCAGCGCAUGCAUGAGAGAGGUGGGGAGGUUUUGGAAUAACCCACUUAGGAGCAAGCUUCCUGUACAGGGCUAUUCAAAGCUGGAGAUCCAUGGGAUGAAGGAGCUGGGGUUGGCCGAACCCCCAGCGGUGGAGCCUUCAGUGGCUUUUCACCUCCAUCCUAAUCGCCGUUCCGUCUCAGCCUCAAGUCAGGUUUCCCUGCCCACAAAAUCAGAGAGAGUUACAUCCUCCAUUCUGCAACGCAUGUACAGAUAG